GGCCGAUGUAAACAACACAAACAUGGCUGCGACGGAGGACCAGCUCGCUCGGCUCUCGAAAGUCAAGGAAAUCAUCACCAAAGCGAGCCAGGAAUUAAAAUCCAUAGAAGUUAAUAGAGAAAUAGACUUGGAAUUUGAUGUCGGGAAUUUAUUGGUGACGGAUAAGAACACGCUCGACGAGGAGGCUGUUUAUAACCCAGACACAAGACCUGACUAUCUUCAAAGUCUGGCCCGAGAUGGUGUCCAGGCUCUCAUGAGCAAAAUCUGGGACCUUCCAUCACACACAGAAGACAAUGCAGUUUUUGUCAGUCUCCCCAAACCCACCACAGUUCUUCCACGUGAAAAGCCCGUUCCCAAGGAGAAAGCGCUAACCAAGUGGGAACAGUUUGCACGAGACAAAGGGUUAACAAAGAAGAAGAAAGACAAGAAGGUCUGGGAUCACAUCUUAAAGAGAUGGGUGCCCCGGUUUGGUAUGAAGAAGGUGCAGGCAGAGAAGGAGAAGAAUUGGGUGAAAGAAGUUCCAGGCAACGUGGACCCGUAUGAGGACAUGUUCGCCAAGGAGAAGGAGCUCAAGAGGGAGCGCAUAGCCAAGAACGAGUACCAGCGCCUACGCAAUAUUGCCAAGUCGAGGAAAUUGAAAGUACCCAAUGUAGGGGUCACUGGGAAUGACCUUGCUACUAGUAAAGAUUUGGGUGUGGCCAUGCAUCACUCCCGAUUUGCGACAGCAUCGAGGGGCAAAUUCCAGCCGACGUUGCCCAACGAACAAGUACCUAAAGGCCUUGGCAAGAAGCGAAAGCAGGAGCAGACCACGGGUGACGGCCGUGCGGAGAAGAAACGCUAUAUGGAGGUCUUGAAGAAGGUGGAGAAGAAUGAGCUUAAUCUGUCUACAGCCGUACACAAGCAGAUCAGAGAAGAAAACAUUGAGGCCGACCUCGCCAAGAAGGGAGGCAAGAAACAGCUCCGCAGGUCCAAGGCAGGAGGACGCCACAGGACCAGGUCGGACCACCGGGCGUCCAAGCUGGGCAAGGGUAUUCACGAAAGCCGGAAACAGAAGAUCACCAAGAUCAAGGCCAGGCAGGAGACGGG